AUGCGCCGACCGGGAUAUCUCUUCAAUGGGGGGUAUGUGACAAUGUGUGUGACCUUUGUUCGCCAUCCCGCAGGUCUGGAUGCGCCAGCUUCCCCGGAGGCUAGCUCCAAUAUGACAGAAAAAAAAAGAAAAUUAAGAUUAGGCAUCAGAAGCCAACGAGAAAACGUGACCCGAGUAAAAGAGACCCUCGAAUCGUUCAACGGAACAGAAGAGUUUGGGUCGACCGAUCAUGAGCGACUGGCCUGGGCCGGUUCGCUGUACUGA